GGACAGGGUCUCACUGUAUUGCCCAAGCUGGUCUUGAACUCCUGAACUUGAGCGAUCCUCUCAUGUUGGCCUCCCAAAGUGCUGGUAUUACAGGUGUGAGCCACCAUGUGUGACCAAGAUUUGCUACUAUUACUCCUCUCCAGCUUUCUCCCUUUCAGAUGCCUCUGCUGGGACACUCCCUGUGACACUACCAGCCUUCUCUGAUCUACUCUUUCUCUUCACUCCUAAGACUUUUACUGUCAGGCUCUCUGGUCACCUGAUCAAUCCCAGGCCUGUGAUACCUCAUAUGUUACCUUGUAGCAUUAUUUAACUUUUAAUUCAUGGGUAUAAUUUUCCUACUGAAGCUGUAAGCUCCUUGAGGCCAUGGCUCCUAGAGCUUUGAAACCCAUGCAGCAACUGGAAUAGAGCUGAGCAUUCAUUCACUCACUCAAUAAAUAGUAUUGAGCAGACCGGAAGCGCACCGCUGGAGCUAGAUCCUGCUCCUCUGGGUUGAAACUCGGGCGCUGCUAAGAUGCCGGCUUACCACUCUUCUCUCGUGGAUCCUGACACCAAACUCAUUGGAAACAUGGCACUGUUACCUAUCAGAAGUCAAUUCAAAGGACCUGCCCCCAGAGAGACAAAAGAUACAGAUAUUGUGGGUGAAGCCAUCUAUUACUUCAAGGCCAAUGUCUUCUUCAAGAACUAUGAAAUUAAGAAUGAAGCUGAUAGGACCUUGAUAUCUAUAACUCUCUACAUUUCUGAGUGUCUGAAGAAACUCCAAAAGUGCAAUUCCAAAAGCCAAGGUGAGAAAGAAAUGUAUACAUUGGGAAUCACUAAUUUUCCCAUUCCUGGAGAGCCUGGUUUUCCACUUAAUGCGAUUUAUGCCAAACCUGCAAACAAACAGGAAGAUGAAGUGAUGAGAGCCUAUUUACAACAGCUAAGGCAAGAGACUGGACUGAGACUUUGUGAGAAAGUUUUCGACCCUCAGAAUGAUAAACCCAACAAGUGGUGGACUUGCUUUGUGAAGAGACAGUUCAUGAACAAGAGUCUUUCAGGACCUGGACAGUAAAGGGAGCUCUGGCAGCCACCAUCUCCAGAUUCCUGGGCAGCAUUUUCCAGCAAAAUAUCUUUUGCCUUUAUUUCAUAAAGUUUUAUACAGAAGAGAGAGAGAAAAAAAAUAGUAUUGAGCACCUCCAACAUGGGAAGCACUGUGCUAGGUGCUGGGGAUUUGUCAGUGAACAAGUGAUGAAUUCUUUGUUGAAGGCACUUAGUAAAUAUAUGUUAAACAGCUAGGCAAGUGGAUGGAGAGAUGGAUGGCUUAGUGGUAAGUGGAUUGGUCUAUCUGUGGCCUCCCUUCUGCUCUACGUUACCUCAGAGAAAAAUCUCACUUCUUUCCUAUGAUCCCACAUCUGUUCUGGGUGGAGGAAAGUCCCAGGAAGUUUAGUCUUAAGUGAAGAGUAGGGAGAGAGGAAACUCAAAGAGGAGUAGUACUUACUUAAAGGCAUCCAUUUGAUGUAUGCUGGGGCCAGAAGAGACUGGGACCAAUGAGUCACAGGGUCUCAGAGUCUUCAGACAUCAUGUGGGACUGCUAUAGGGAUCUUUUCAGAGCAUCCCCAUCAACAGAUGUUCCCCAGCCUCUAUGCUAACUAAACACCCAAUGAUGGGACGCCUGAAACAGGCAUUCCACUGCUUGCCCCCGGUGAGUUCCCUCAUUCUCAUUUCUUAAGUUGCUACAUCUAAGUAACAUCCAAAUUAGAGGCCGGGCAUGGUGGCUCAAGCCUGUAAUCCCAGCACAUUGGGAGGCUGAGGCGGGUGGAUCACGAGGUCAAGAGAUCGAGACCAUCCUGGUCAAUAUGGUGAAACCCCCGUCUCUAUUAAAAAUACAAAAAGUUAGCUGGGCAUGGUGGCACGUGCCUGUAGUCCCAGCUACUCAGGAAGCUGAGGCAGGAGAAUUGCCUGAACCCAGGAGGCGGAGGUUGUGGUGAGCCAAGAUCGCGCCAUUGCACUCCAGCCUGGGUAACAAGAGCAAAACUCCGUCUCAAAAACAAACAAACAAAAAAAAAAAACCAUCCAAAAUAGAACCAGCCCAGGCUUGGGCUGUGAUAUCCUAACCUAUAGCACAUGCACACGUACCCACAUGUGUGCAUAUCUACUUCCAGAUCAAAAUAGUAGCCAAGGAGAUUGGCAGAGUUUGGAGUACCAGGCUGUCUUCCCAGUUUGGGACUGGCUGAGUCAAUGUGACUUCAGCUAGAGCCUGGGCCCAUUCUCAGUCUGGAAAAAGCUUAUGCAAGGAUGAGGGUGGCCUAGAAAAGUCCAGAAAACCACACAAAUGACCACCUGUUGAUUCCAAGGAGGAGACAGGGCACUUUCUCCUUUUAAAAAAAGUAUCCUCUCCUCUCACUCAAGCUUAGCUUGCUCAGCUGAGUAGCCAGGAAAAGCUGUUGGUGUUUGGUGAUUUGGAGGGGAGCGGGCUGAACCUCAGAACCUUGUCACUCUCUUGAGACCCUGAUAAGUUUCUCUCUGAUGUUCUGCCUUACCCCUAAUCUAGCUCCUUGAUCAUUUGAAUGUAACCCUAAUUGGACAAGAAUUUUCUCCCUUUCAGUAUGGACAAAAUCAACAACCCUGAGUCAGAGGCUUUUAGAGGAUGGGUAGUGAAAUGGGGGAAGAACAGAACAUUGUGGAGUGAGGGGCAGGGAGGUAGCCAGUGGGCAUGGGUAGAUUCUGGUUUUGUGAUUAUUAUUAUUAUCAUCUCUUUAAAUUAAUUGCAAAAAUAAACUCAUUUUAGAUUUGUAUAAUUUCA